AUCUGAUCUGGAUUUAACCAUCCCUGACCAGGAUUCAGCAUCCAUCUCACCGACUUUUACAUUUAUUUAUCUGGUCUCGCUGCCACAGGAUGAUCCGCGUCGGUAGAACGGUCCCCCGUUGAUAUCUGUGCCUCGAAAUGGCUAUGUCCGGAUAAUUGGUGUCGCGCUUAUUGUCGGUUCUCAGCUGACUCGCGUGAUCGAUUCAUUCCUCUAUUUGAAUCGGUUGAUACCGACAUUAUGGGUUGUUGAUUGUCUGCUGUAUGAAUCUGAAUAUUGGAACAUGGCACGCAUCAAACAGGGUGUGUUUUCCUGGGAGGAUGUAUUGGCGCAGCGAUACCAGAACAACAAACCCCCCACCCUCCCCAGACGUCGCUACAGCAUCCAAACCCAACGAACCGACACCCGUACCCUAUGGACCCCCCAACCCCAAAGCACCCUCCUGACGAAACUCUCGCCCGAACUCCGCCUCAUGAUCUGGGAACUCCUCCUCGGCGGAAUGCGCAUUCAUAUCGUGCAGCGCGCGAAUCGCCAGAUGGGACACGUGGUGUGUCCGCAGACCGGCGCAUGCGAUGUCUGUCGGGGAGGAUUGCCGGGGAUGAAAGAGGUGGAUGGGGGGAGGUUGUUGGCGUUGGCGAGGACGUGUAAACAGAUCUACACCGAAUCCAUCACCCUCCUCUACACCCUCAACACCUUCGAAUUCAGCAAUACCUGGUCCCUCACGUACCUGCGGCCCACCAUCCCGUCGGACUUCUGGGACGCCAUCCGCGCCGUUGAACUCCGGUGGGCUUUUCCCGGCCAUUGGCUGCCCUGCAAGGACCCCGUCAAGACCGUAUAUUUCUCUGCAGGCCGACAGCAGUGGGUUGAAACGUGUCGGGCGGUGACCUCCAUGCAGGGGUUGCAGUCAUUUACGUUACAGCUCAGCGGGAGUUGGUUCUGUGAGCCGGUGGAGAAGAUCCCGGUGUUUUUGGAACCGUUACGCGAGUUGCAGUUGCGGCGGGGGUGGAAGUUGCAGUUGCCCAGACAGCCGUAUUAUGUCAAGGAGAUUAGGAAUAUUGAUGGGGGGUUGAGGAAGAGGGGGAUUGAGUGUGCGGUUAGGGUGAUGUAGGACUUCAUACGGAGUAUGUGGGUUGGGGUUGAUAUAGUAGGCGUAGUAUGUAAUGGGCUGGGUGUUGUCAGUCUUAAUGAUGAUGAUGAUAUAUAUUGUAUCUAAUUGCCAAGUCAACUCCACCGAUGGGUGACAGAAGCUUCUGCAAGCCACUUUCAA